UUUGCAUGGGUCUUCCGCAUCUAAUGAUAUCAUCAUGCACUUCUCACACUAGCUGAGAAUUCUUUCGCGUUGAUCACAUGAAUUGCACUAUAAUUCGCACCACUCCGCUGCAUUUAGAGUCUUUGCCGUUUUCCUCCGUAGAUUCCCAAUGCUACUCCCUCCUUCCUUCUCUCUAUUCUCCUUCUUCUUCUUCUUCUUCCUCUGGCUAUCCACUUUCCCCUUAUCCCACUCCCGUCUUCUCCCAAUCAUCAACGACCAGCUGCAAACCUACAUUGUCCAUGUCAAGAAAGCCCAGCUGCUCUACCAUUCUCCCUCCGAUCUCAAGAGAUGGCAUACUUCCUUCCUCCCCAACACCACCCUCUUCUCCGGCGAGCCCCGCUUACUCUACUCGUACCGCCACUCCAUCACUGGCUUCGCUGCUCGCCUUACCCCUCAAGAAGCCAAUGCUAUGGAAUCCAUGGACGGCUUCCUCCUCGCCCAUCCUGAACGCCUCCUUUUCCCCCAUACCACUUACACCCCCAAAUUCCUCAACCUUGACGAAUGGACUGCCAUCCGCGGAAGCGUAUGGGAGAAGUCCUUCUACGGAGAGGGCGUCAUCAUCGGCGUGGUUGACUCUGGCAUUUCCCCAACCCACCUUGCUUUCGACGACGAAGGCGUUCCGCCCCCACCGAUCAAGUGGAAGGGCCAAUGCUCCAUUGCCGAUUGCAACAACAAGCUUAUUGGCGCGAAAGCAUUCCGCAACGGUGAUCGGAAGGCUUCUCCGAUCGAUUACGAUGGGCAUGGAACACAUGUCACAGGAAUCGCUGCAGGGAACUUUGUAAGCCAUGCCGAUGUCGGUGGAAUGGCCAGCGGAAGGGCAUCGGGGAUGGCCCCCAAAGCUCACCUUGCAAUCUACAAAGCCUGCUUCGAAGGGCAAUGUAGGGAUAGCGAUGUAUUGGCCGCUGUUGAUCAAGCGAUUCAUGAUCGAAUCGAUGUUUUGUUGAUCCCUCUCGGAGGGAUCCCCCUUCCUUUGUAUGAGGAUAGUGUAGCCGUUGCCUCCUUUGCCGCGGUUGGGAAUGGUAUCGUCGUCUGCACCUCAGUUGGAAAUGGCGGACCGAGAGUUGGCGAGAUCAGCCAUGAGGCUCCCUGGUUGGUGGCCGCAGGAGCCAGCACCAUCGAUAGAAGGGUUAGAGCAGUGGUGAGGCUGGGGAACGGAGUGGAUCUGAUGGGAGAAAGCGCAUUCCAGCCGCCGAGCGACGAAUUUCCUCCCAUCUUCCUGCCCCUAGCUUUCCCGGGCAUAGACGGCGACGCGGCCGCUGCGAAUUGUCACAGCCGUUCCCUGGCGGAUCUCGAUCUCAGGGGAAAGAUUGUUCUCUGCUUCGCUGACGACGGGGAUAACACCGGCAAGACCGGCGCCGUGAAGAACGCCGGCGCGGGCGCGGUGAUAGUGAUGAACCGGCGGAGCCAUGGAUUCACUACGCGCUCCGAGAUGCACGAGCUGCCGGCGUCACACCUGAGUUAUUUGGACGGUCGGCGCCUGAGGAGCUACGUAUACUCGACAUCAACGCCGGUGGCGGCGAUUGUCUUCAACGGCACGGUAUUCGGGGCGCGGCCGUCGCCGGCGGUCGCCGCGUUCUCCUCGCGAGGGCCGAGCUUGAUGAACGGUGGGGUGCUGAAGCCAGACAUUAUCGCUCCGGGAGUGAACGUUCUCUCCGCGUGGCCGCCGGUGGCCGCCUCGCCACUGUUUGGAUUCAUGAGUGGGACAUCUAUGGCAGCGGCUCAUGUCGCUGGCGUCGCUGCUCUGGUCAGAAGGAGGCACCCCCGUUGGUCCCCGGCGAUGAUCCACUCAGCUAUCAUAACAUCAGCGACAAGCCAAGAUCUUGAUGGGCGUAAGGUCUUCGACGAAUUGUCUUACAACAGUUCGGCGAGCCUCUUCGCUUCCGGGGCUGGGCAGCUGCACCCGGAGGGAGCGCUUAAUCCCGGUCUAGUGUAUGAUAUCGAGCAAAAGCAUUACUUACACUAUCUAUGUGGAUUGGGCUACAACAACUUGCAGAUGUGGGCUAUCGCAAAGCAAUUUGUUUCAUGCAACAAGAGCAUGGAGCCAGCAGAGGAGUUGAACUACCCUUCAAUCUCAGUCAGAUUGGGAUCGAGCUCAGAGAAAAUUGUUGUUCGAACAGUGAAGAGCGUGAGGAAGAGGAGCACUGUGUUUUGGGCAAGAAUUGAGGAGCCGAAAGGAGUGAGAAUGGACCUAUCACGUUAUGAGCUCAGCUUCUCAAGGGUCAAUCAGGAAGAAAGUUUUGAGAUAAAAUUUAGCAUCCAAGGUCGCAGGCCAAGACAAGGCCAUGUUUCGCAAGGGAGGCUCUCCUGGGUUUCAAGAACACGUGUUGUGAGUAGCCCUAUCUUAGUUACUUUUGUUUGAGAGUUAUAGGUUUCGGAUUAUUUUCUUACUGCUUUAUAAAUAAGAUUUUUAGUUCAAAAUUUUCUCGUUCAAAAUAGAAAAAUUAUAAAAACUCGAUUUGAGCUAUUUUUAAAUGUAGAGAAAGUAUAAAUUUUGGGUAUUUCUAAUCCCUCAUAAUUAAAUAUAGAAGAAAUAAAUACA